CGCUCGCCUGCCUGCCUGCCGGUCGCCCGCGAUGUGUUAGAAAAGAAGAAGGGGUUGGGGAAAAAACAAGACACGCUCAGGAGUCAAACUUGGAGAAAUGGCGGAGGCCGCUGUGACUCUGAAAGGCUUGCGGACUCAAAUGGCUGCAGCUGCGCAGGCCCAAGGCGAAGAGCGGCGCAGCCAGGCUGCGAGUCCAGCCCUCCCGGCAAACACAGCAGCCAAACUUCAAGGCUGUCGGCCAGUCCUUGACGGUGCUACACUUCGAGUUGAUGAUCGCCUGCGAGUAGCAAAGGAGAGACGAGAGGAGGCAGACAGGCAACAAGCUUUGCGUGAGUCUCAGAUCAUGGAGCGCGAGCGCAAGGCCAAGAUGCAAGUGGAGCGUCAGCUAGAGGAACGCCAGAAAAAGGCUGUGGAGCAGAGAAGGAAGGAGGAGCAGAAGCGUCUGGCCGUGGAGGAGAAGAGGAAGCAGAAACAGGAAGAGGAGAAGGAGCAUUACGAGGCAGUGAUGAGACGAACGUUAGAGCGAAGCCAACGGGCCGACCAGAGGCAGAAGAGAUGGUCCUGGGGAGGAUUGUCAGCAGACUCAGAUGGGCGAACAGGAGACUCUGAUGCCGGCGCCUCUUCUCCAGUAGCUAAAGUAAUUUCGCCUGCCGUGCCAGAAAAGCCACCAAGGAACCAACAAGACAAGCGCUCCACGUCCACGGUGAACCUCAAACAGCCGUCAGAGUCUAGCAUUAGCAAACGCCUGUCCUCGUCCUCCGCUACCCUCAUCAAAUCUCCUGACAAAAGUUUUAAAUCCAGGAGUGUGUCUUGUAACCGUUUGCCGCGGAAAGACAGUGCUGCUAAGGUGGAAAACAAAAACCUGCUGGCGGAACAGACAGGUGCUUCCAUGAAGAAAAGGAGUUCGUCCCUCACACGAGUAAGUGUGGGCAGAGCACAGACUCCUGCCAAGGCUGCUAAGGGGACGGCAGACAAUCAAGCUCGCAAGCAAGCGACAUGCACUGCGGACGGAGGGGUCGUUAGUCGCCUGCUCACUCCCACCCAGGCUUCACUAGCUAGGAGCAAGAGCGCUGCCGCCCUUUCCCCCGAAGGAACGGAUGCUCCAGAGUGUCACCUGUGUCCUCGCUCAGCCUCCGCCGCGAUUCUGCACCCGCCACGUGGGCCAUUGCGGAGCCGCAGCAUCGACCGGCAGAAGAACGGCAUGACCACCUCCGUGUCGGCAGACGGAGCCCUCGACCCUUCACUGGCCAAGCAGGAAAAAACGUUUACCUCGCCUGGGAGGCAACGCCCGCCCUCUCCUUCCAUUCCCAUGGGACGCAACCGCUCGCCAUCCCCUGCCCCGAAACCGUCUCCAAAGAGGCCUCCUUCCCCAGCAGCAUCAAAGCAAAAUUCCAAGGCACGCCCAUCCUCCCCUGCGAUGAAACAGCAUCCCCCGUCCCCUCAGCCCACGUCAGCGAAACCUCCUCCGAUCCAGAAACCAGCCCUUACCCCUCCAGGGCCCCCAACCCUGCGAAAAAGGGACUCCCGCCCCAAGGACCUGUUGUUACCUGGACAGACUGGGUCGCCGCAGUCCUCGGACUCUAGCAAAUCCAAAGAGAAAGACGAGUUCAAGACGGGAACUAAUUCUGCUGCUGAGGCCGCCAAGCUCUUGGCGGAGCACCGCAGACAAAUGCGCGAGCAGAAGGAGAAAGAUGAACAACUCAGGAUACAGCGUGAGGAAGAGGAGAGGCUCAGGAAAGAGGAGGAAGACCGCCAAGCAGAGGAGGCUCGACUGAAGCGGGAAGAGGAGGAGAAGAAGCUGGCGGAGGAGAGAAAAAUCAAGGAAGCAGAGGAGGCCCAAAGAGCGGAGGAAGAGCGAGAGAGACUGGAGGCUGAGGAGGCCCUCAAGCAGGCGGAGCUGCAGAAGGAGCGGGAGGAGGCCGAGGCCAAGGCCCUGGAGGAAGCGGAGAGGGUCCGCCAGGAGCGCGACCGCAUCAUGCAGCAGAAUCAGCAAGAGCGUAUGGAGAGGAAGAAGAGAAUUGAAGAAAUAAUGAAAAGGACGAGAAAAGGAGACGGAAAUGACUUUAAGAGAGAUGACGACAAGGACCAGGAGGACAACGAAGAUGGAAUGGACCCGAUGAGCUUUGACGCAAAAUGUGAAAGUGAGAUGGGCGAUGUCGCCAUGGAGAGGCACAACUGCGGCGACGACGUGGCACAAAGAGAAGAACCCCUCGGCUGCCCGAAUGGGAGAGAAGAAACGGACGACAAGGAGAACAACAACGCCCCAGACGAGACUCAGGCAGUCAGUCCAGUUUCAAAGGGCCGUCUGGUGGAGGGCUCGGAGUUCCUGAACGAGCAGGACUCGGCCAACGUGGAGCUGGUGUCGGGCGUGGGCGGCAAGUCCAACCAGUGGAGCUUCGAGGAGCUCAUGGAUCGCAACGUCCAUUCCAAGACUCACCCCCUCAUCGAGGCCGACGACUGCAAUCCGGUCCUGAUCAAUCUCGACGGGCCGGACGGGACCAAAGGAAGCCCAGUGAACUCUCUGCAUUCCUCCAGUCAGGCUAUAGAGGCCCUGUCAGAGAUUUGACGCUGCACCGGGCCGGCCGGCCGGCGCCGAGAAGCCUCUCCGCUGUUGCACUCUUCGACUUUCUGAGAUUUCGCUUGCAUUUAAUUCCAGGAGGGAGGAGGAGGAGGAGUCCCAGGUGAAACGAAAACCCCCCCCUCCUCCCCACACACACCCCCCUCGCCCCAAGUGCUUAAGUGUCUCAUCUACAAGAUGACGAAAGCGUCAGGGAAAUUCCGCAUGUUCCUUCUUCACACGUCAGGUCUACUACUUCUACUCCCUUUUUUUGUUUUCUAUCUGUUGUCGGAGUUUUUUUUUUUUUUCCAGACCCUUCUUUUUUUAGUCUUUGUCAGCGGUGCGCCGUUAUAAUUUUUGGCUUCUUCGUUAUUUGGACACGUUCCUCUCGUAGGAGCUUCUCGGGCGCGCGCGCCAACGUUAAAAAUGUCCACAUUUCGUGUCUCUCGGGGAUUUUGGCGACUGGCUCUUUGAAUUUACUUGAGUGACUGCUGUCCUUUCGCAGCGUCAACAUUUUAUGGCCUUACCUGUUUGUUUUUUUCUCACAACCCAACUUUGGUAUGCCCUCGCUGCUUCCAUGUGGUCCUUCCGUUUCCUGCUGUGCGACAUUUGGUAAAGCCGGUAGAGCAUCUAUUCCUUUUCCUAGAGAUCCAGUUUUAAGUCCAUGCUCUAGUACGUUCUUUGUCGUCACUUCUAGGAUAAAUACAUGUCGCCAGUGAGACAAAAAUGCAGUCUUUGAUAUCUGAAAACUAGUACAUGAGUCUACGUAGUCUGGGUAUCAAGGAUAUGGAAUAUGUUUUCCAUGUAUAAAGAAAAGGCUGCCCUGCUUUCCAAUCUUUUUUUUUUCUGGCCACCAGAGGGCACAACAGGCAUGCUUAAGUUUCCGCAUGUUGCUGUUUGAGGCUUAUUAGGUCUAUUUGAAUUUUUUUUUUGUAUAUUUGUAUAUGGAGCUUGUGUUUACAGAAGAGUUUGUUGUAGUUUGCAUCAGUCUCGCCCUUUCAGGAACCCCCCCCUCCCAAAAAAAAAAAAUUAUGAAACCUCCCAUCUUUUAAUUAAGUCGCGACAUCUCAUAUUCUGGUGGGUUUUUUUCUCUUCACACGCUACUGCUACAUUCAAAAGGAGGAAAAAAAACUAUAAUUGAACCGUUUUUAUUUGCUAUAACGUGUCUGUUUAUAUGUUAAAAUGCGGUUGUGCAUAUAUUUAAGUGUAUGUGAAAUCAGUGUUAGGCCAACGAAGCCACGACGAGAGCCGAGUACCGACCUCGAAAGCGACCCCCUGACAAAUUUGAGCCUUCAGCUGUUUUUUUUUUUUUUUCCCCCACCCCCAGUUCAAAUUGUAAUUUCUUAUUGGGCGGAGGCAUCCAUUUCCUGCCUUGUUGUUUGUUGGCGUUCGAACCCUCUCGCCAACUAAACGUGAGUGAGGACCUGAGUGGGCUUUAAGAAUGUGAGACUUUCUCAUUCACGCGUUCAUUUUGUCACCAGUUGGACUUCAACCCGCUGCGUUGAACGCGUCAGUUAGCCCGACGGGGUCACGCUGCGUGACCUGUGACGCUUCCGGGGCAGGCGCUCAAGGGCACCAUCUGCUGGAGGCAGGCUGCCACCGCUGUCCGCUUGAAAGCCUUCGAUCUAUUUUCUUUUUUCGUAUCUUUGACGGCUCGCUGAAGGUGCCUGUACAAUUAUUAUUAUUUUUUUGUCCUACAGUAAGAUAGCUCAUCAUACUAGAAGAACUGUCUUGAAUGUCUCACUAGUAAAGUGGCCAUUAGUGCACGAUUGAACAAGUAAACCUGUGAUGCACUAGUAACACUACAAGGCCCAACUCGUAUUCAUGUGAAAUGCGCACACACGCGAUACUAGCAUGGCGAAGUUGUCCAAUUGCUAAGGACAAAAAUUGUACACGGCCCUUCAGAUAAAUACCAAGGAUAUGGAAUAAAUGCACAAAUAGCUUUGUAUACAGAUACUAUGACGUUACUAGUUAGCGCCGUGCCUUAGACGGAGGUCUAGUUUUUUAAUGUUACCGUGUACUAAAAAUGUGAUUUAAAAAAAAACAACAAGCGUGUCUUUACCUCGGCCUCUGACAAUCAAGUCCUUUGUGAAUAAGAAAUGUUCCCAUCUGACGUCGCCCCGCCCCCGCCCGCAAAUAACAUUUGUGAUGUAAAUAGAAUGAAGUGUUCCGAGAUGAUGUCAACUGUUAAUAAAGUCUCACAAAACUAGA